GCCAUUCGAAUAAAUAUUUUCUUUCGAUGUUGUAUCAAGUGCAAUUGUAUUUUAAUAACAGGUCGCCGAACAGGUCUGCGCAUCUAGUGUGCGUUGUAUUAACCAGCGCUCAUUAUCAGAGAAGCCUGUUGGAAGACUAGUCACUGUUAUAAAAUUUUCAGGUUGAUAAACAACCCACAACGUUGAUGGAGAACUCGCUGGUAUGGUGGUUGGAGGCUAUAUCUAUUCCUGCUAUUACACUGUUUGGGCUGAUUGGGAAUAUACUCACGUUCAUUGUGCUUGCCCGAAAGCCUCCUCACCCUACAUGGACACCUCCAGCCUCUCUCAUGCUUUCCAGGUCAUCGAUACCGCGUCGCGAGUCUUCGUCAACAGAUCACCCGUGUUCACUACCGUAUUAUCCGUCUUCUACUCAAUCUGCAUCGCGUCAUACUUCGCCUCGAACUCAAUCCACAGCUACAUCCAGUGGCAGACAUUACUCAAUUGCCUCCCGACGGUCGUCCUCAACACCAGACGAUGGUACAUAUCUUCCACCAUUGACAACUCGUUUUCUUCUUAAGGCCCUGGCCAUUGCUGACUCUUUAAUUCUACUUUGGCCGUGCUUUAUCAACUCGAUUGUAUACCUAAGCACUGGUUCAAUUAUUUUAUUUCUAUCGGUUUCACUAUGCAAGAUAGGAACGUUCUUCAAUUAUUUUCUUAUGCAACUGUCUCCAUGGCUAUUAGUUCUUGUGACAAUGGACCGUGUGUACAAUAUAGUGUUUCCAACAUUAAGUCGGAGAAAAAAGUUAACACGAAAACAUGUGAAGAUUUUGUUCAUAUUGACUAUGUUAAUUUUGGCUCUAAUUAAUCUAUACAUGUUAUUUGGUCUUGAUCUGCAAUCUGAAGAAGUAAUGACAUAUCAAAAUUCAACGAACACAUCCAAUUUUCAUUCUCCGAGCCUGAGAUGCCUUCCAAAGAAAAGUUUUAAAUAUUUCAUAACUAAAGUUUGGAGUUGGAUAGAUUUUGUCGUUGCAUUCGGAUUACCGUUUGUCAUCUUAGUAAUCGGAAACAUACUAGUUCUCAUAAAAAUGAAGUCUAGUGAGAACUUUAGAUCUAGAAGUGCCCGUGGCGGGAUGAUGGCCUCUCCGAGAGCAGCUGAACAUUGGGCAAAAGUGAGUGCAAUUCUUGGAUUAACGUUCAUUGUCCUUGUUAUGCCACUCGUCGUAUUUCAGAUCGGUGGUUCGUACUGGUUCCCAGCUAAACCCGACCCAGAUAUAAUUCCAACGCUUAUCACUGUAAGAUUGGUGCUUAACCUGCUACUCUACAUUAACAGUGCAAUCAAUUUUGUUUUGUACAUGCUCUUGGGUUCGCCAAAACUUCGACAACAGUUCGUUAGACCGCUUCACGAUUGUAAAAGGUUCAUCUGCAAAUGUACCUCGAGAGAUGAAUAACAAUACUUUAUAUUGGAAAACAAAGCAAGAAUACAGAAAGAGGCCAAAUAGAAUAUGUGCAAAACGUCGUGAAAACACAACAGACUGUGCAUAUAGGUUUAAUAAAUAAUACAAGUAUGAACUGAUCAAUAUCAAUAAUUUACACAAUGCUGUAUGUAUGUUUUGAUAUCCAUGAAAAGGACGGAUCCUAUCAACAAUGCGUAUAUAAUAUUUUUCUCCGAUAUUGACAAAAAGUAAACUUGGAUAAUUAAGGGGGGGGGGGGGGGUUGCUGAAUCCGCUAGUGAUAUUGCUUCGUAAAAUUUAUGAUGAGUUGUGUUGUUUGUAAUUAUAACAGCUUGUUUUACACUUUGUUCUAGAGUUCUAUACUAUAUAUUCAAAUGUUAGUAUGCAACAUUAUAUUUCAUAUGGAAAUGUAAUAGUUUGUUCCAGUAAAUAUUUUGUUAAAGUUA